CAAUUAAAAAAUCGUUCACAUCGAACGCCAAAGUGUAAACAACCAGAGAGCGACUCGAGAAUCUCUCUCCUUAAAGAACCUGCAUUAUUUGGUCGUCAUGGAGAAGGACCCAAUAUCCUGCUCUGACGAAACCACCAACAGAUCAAGACCAAGAACGAAGAACAAGAAGAGAAGAACAUCAACAUCUUCAUCCUCCUCUUCCUCAACAUCACCAAAUCACGUAGAAGUGAAGAAGAAAAGGAAAAGAACUAAGUCAGCGUCUUCAAGGUCCUCCUCUUCCUCCUCCUCCUCCUCAUCUUCUUCCUCCUCAUCUUCUUCAUCGUCAUCCUCCUCCUCAUCUUCUUCCUCCUCUUCAUCAUCAUCAUCUGAGUCAUCAGGAUCGGAUAUGGAAGUGAACAAAGUGAAACUGAAGGACAAAGCACUUAAGAAAGCCCUUAAAAAGAGAAAGAAAAGAGAGAAGGUACUGAAAAAGAGACUCAAAAAGUGCAAGAAGCAGGCAAGAGAAAAGCAAAAGAAGUCCAUCAAAAAGAAAGUGAAGAAACUGAAGAAGAAGUUAAAAAAGCUGAAGAAAGACAGGAAGAAAGAGAACAAGAAGUUGAAGAAGGACAGCUCACACGAGAAGACAAAGAAGGAUUCAACUGAACAGGGAAAACCUGACUCUAACAAGGAGAAAGGGCAGAGGCACUCCAAGAAGAAGCCAGAAGUGGUGGAGAAUGGCUCAGCAAUAGGCCCAAGUGUCGACAUGAUGAUGGCCAGCCAAGCGACGGCACCAAUGACAAGAGAGGAUUGGGAGAAGCAGGAGAGUGUCCUUCGACGUGUUUAUGAUCAAGAGAGUGGGAGACAUAGAUUGAUAAAAGGAUCUGGGGAAGUAAUGGAAGAGUGUGUGAGUCGUGACCGCCAUCGUGCCAUCAACAAAGCUGCAACUCAGGCCGAUGGUGAAUUCUUUCAGGUCUCAGUAAAGUCCCGAGCAUCAAAAUAGCAGCAGCAUUUUAAAGCUGGGAGGUUUUAUUUUCAUCACAGAUGUCCUAUGAAUGAAACAAGUGAUACUGAAGCUUUUGCUAGACUGGACUGAAUUGUUUCUUUUGUUAUGUUUGAAUAUAUUGUUAUUCAGCCUCAAGAAACUGUUGUAUAGGUUAUAUAUUUGGGGGCCUUGUUAGCUUUUCUCACUCUUCAAUCUUUCUCCCAUUCAGUCUGUUUCUUAUUUUUUAUGUGGUAAUAACUCUAUGACAUGUCAUUAUAUUUUUAUUGUUCAUAAUCAUUGCUCAUGCCAUUAAUUUUAGGGAGUUAUUCCUUUGUUUAAUUUAUUUUUUAUGAGAUGAAAUUCAGGGUUGGGUUUUUAAAGAAAAAUAUUGACUACUUUUAUUUUCAUGUUAUCAUUAUAGAUAGAUAUGAUUUAUGUGGUACAGUGGUACAGACAUGAUUCAUGAUUGUCCCUUUUUCCAACAUCAUAGCUAGAUUUUUUUAAUGCAGUGUAACUGUUCAAAUGACAAAAAUUAUGAAAAUUGAAUUAAUUGCAAAGCUUCCAGCUCUCAUUGUCACAAAGAGGUUUGAAACUGACGCAUUUGGAACAGUCACUUAAUUUUUUUUUCUUCUUCUUCCUUUUUUUUGUUGUCUUUUUUUACUUAGUUGCCCCCUCUCAUCUUACAUUCCCCUUCACUGCUCUCCCUCACCCCUGACUUCUCUUCCUCUUUUUCUCUCUCCUUCUCGUCCUUCCUCUCUCCCUCUUGUCUCCUUCUCUUCCUCCCCUCUUCUCUCCUUGUCUCAUUCUUUCCCCUUCUCUCUCCCUCCUCUUGUUCUCCUCCCUUCUUAUUUCCUCUCUGCCUUUCUCUUGCUUUGUGUCAUUUUCUCUUGCUUUCUUUUUUUUUAUUCAUAUUUAGUACUUAUUAAUGGGCUAUACAAAAUUAAUGUAUGACUAGAUAUGUUACUAGCCAUAUAUCUGUAUGCACUUUUUACAUGUUUGAUAUUUACAUACACCAUAUAUUAUUGAAUACACAAUUCAGUGCAUUUAGGACUUUAUGCUGAAGAAACACUGAUGCUUGUAUGUAAUGGACCUGAGUUUCAGUAUUUUCUUAUAUGAUUGUGAUUUUCUUCCAUCAGUCCAUUUAUUGGUUAUAGGAGAUUUUUUGCCUAAAAUGAGCCUUAUCACUUUCCUGUAUGUCUUUCCAUUAUAAAUGUUGUUAUAAGUUGGGUUUGUGGAUUUUUUUUUUAUGUUUUUUAAAUUUAAGAUUAAGUGUAUGCUGCUCUGGAGUAUUUCAUACAUCUAGGAAAUCUUUCAUGUUUCAGUUUAUGUUAUUUUGAAGGCAAAUUUAUUUAUUGACAUUAUGUGGAUUUCCUGGGACAGAAUUGCAGCUUACAUUAAAAAAAAUCCUGUCUGACCCAUAAUUUCAUGGAGUUCAGUGCAUUGUAUGUUGUAUUAUAUUCUGUAUAUUACAUAUCCAGGGUUUUGUGAUGUUUUCAUGCACACGCGCAUGGGGAGAAACACACACACACACACACACACACACACACACACACACACACACACACACACACACACACACACACACACACACACACACACACACACACACACACACACACACACACA